AUGUUUAAAAGGUUUUCAAGGUUUAAGACAUUCUUUUCGGUUAUACUGAUAGUAAUUAUGCUAAGAAAUGUAAGGAGAUUGAGGAGAUCGUCAUUACUCCCGGGCAGGCAUCUACUGCUGAUUGCACAUCCAGAUGAUGAGUCUAUGUUCUUUGCUCCAUCCCUAUUGAGUCUGAGAGAAAGAAUGGAUAUUCUUUGCCUGUCAAAUGGUAACAAAGAAGGAAAAGGGAAAGAGAGGGAAAAAGAGCUCAGGAAAGUAGGGUCCUAUGCAGGGACAAAAGUGAUUAUGACAGCACUCUUUGCAGACGGAGAAGAUUGGGAUCCAUUGGCAGUUUAUUUGAAACUUUUAUGGAUAUACAUAACGAGACCAUUCGACGUUCUGAUGACGUUUGAUGAGUUUGGGGUAUCUGGACACAAAAAUCAUAUUUCAUGCUACAAGGGAGCUAGGCUAUUUUUGAAGUUACACAAUGUGAAAGGGGCAUUUCUAAAGUCCAAAGACUUGCUCCGAAAAUAUGUGAUUGAUAUCAGCUUUUCUAGAGUCUCCAGUACUAUUCCUUUUAGCAUGUACAUGAGUUCUACCAAAAUGAUGCUUCUUCAUAGGUCCCAGAUGGUGUGGUUCAGAUAUCUCUAUGUGCUUUUUUCAAACUUUAUGUCGUACAACGACUUCACCAUUGUAAACUGA